AUGUCUGUUGUUGGUUCUCUUAUAUUCUGUUUUGACUGCGGUAACCUGCUGGACAACCCGAGCACGGGGCACGGGGACAGCAUCGAGUGCGCGCAGUGCCAGGCGAGGUACCCAAAGGCAGAUUUCUCGAAUCUGAAAGUGGUCACGACGACCGCUGAGGAUGCGUUCCCCUCCGCGCUGCGGUCGAAGAAGUCCGUGGUGAAGACACAAUUGAAGAAGGAUGAGCUGGGCGAGGGGGCCACGAUCAAGGAGAAGUGUCCGCAGUGUGGGAACGACGAGAUGCAGUACCACACGCUGCAAUUGCGGUCUGCAGACGAAGGUGCGACCGUGUUCUACACGUGUACGUCGUGCGGGUACAAGUUCAGAACCAAUAACUGA